ACGAAAACAUAUACUUAAUAAAGGUCGUUUGAUUUGUACUUUGUAAAGGACGAAUCGAGUUGUUGAUCUACCAAUUGCUUUUGCAAAUUACUAUUAUUUGCUGAGUCCCAGUCUAAAACUCGAAAAACAUUUACUCAAAAAACGUAUUUCGAGUGAGAAAUAAAACAAUUUGUGAAGUAAAUUCUAAAAAAUCACAGGCAAAUGGAUGUCGUUUUAGAGUUUGCAGACAAUCAUGUCUUUGAUUCACUGUACAGCAAAGUUGCGAAUGUAUUUCAUGUCACUCCUUCUCUUGGAGUUUCUACCUUGAAUAGUACUGCUCCCAUAUUAAACAGCGCUUCUAGUACUUCCUCUACAAUCGCUUCGGCUUUCCUUGAUCGCAAUAACAUUUUCCGACAAGGUAUAAGUUUGUUUCUCAUCACAUGGGUUAUGGGAACUUUAUCCUAUUUUGUUUCUGCGUCUAUAGCUUACUUCUUCUAUUUUGAUCGCCAGGAAGCUAAGAGACACCCCAAGUUUUUGAAAAACCAAGAGUUGUUGGAGUUGAAGACUGCAUUAUCAAACCUUCCUGGUAUGGCCGUAUUAACAUUCCCAUGGUUUUUGGCUGAACUCCGUGGCUACUCUUAUGCUUACGAUGAUCCAGCUGAGUAUGGAUACUUUUACUUAGGAUUCUCUGUUAUUCUAUUUCUUCUCUUUUCCGAUUUCUUGAUUUAUUGGAUUCAUCGUGGUCUCCAUCACCCUUGGUUUUAUGCUCCUCUACAUAAAUUACACCAUAAGUGGAUCAUUCCUACACCAUUUUCUUCUCAUGCUUUCCAUUUCCUUGAUGGUUAUAGUCAAUCUUUACCCUAUCAUUUGUUUCCCUUCUUCUUCCCCUUAAAUAAAUAUCUUUAUUUACUUCUUUUUGGAUCCGUCAAUUAUUGGACUGUCCUAAUUCAUGAUGGGAAAUAUUUCUCGAACAAUGCUGUGAUUAACGGUGCUGCUCAUCAUGCUUCCCAUCACAUGUAUUUCAACUAUAAUUAUGGUCAAUUUUUCACGUUGUUUGAUCGUUUGUGUAGUUCUUACCGUCAUCCCGAUCAAGAAUUGUUCAACGCCGAACUAAAGAAGGAUAAGAAGAUUCAAGAACAAAGAGUUAGUGAAAUGGAAUAUAUGCUGAAGAAUGUUGAAGGGAAAGAUGAUCGUACGUAUACGAGUAAGAAAGAUGCCUAGAGUUACUCAAUCCUUUUUGUCAGAUUCUUUCGACGUAUAAAUUCACACUUUUGUUCCUCCCUCCUCCUGAUUCUAUCUCUACAGUUUCAUUUUUUUUAUGCCUUAACCACGUUAACAGGUCUUUUGUAGUUACGUCUUCACUAGAUAUUUACUAGUUGUAUUGUUAAAACAAAAAAAAUAAAUAAGUACGGUUUUCCUGACUAAAUCAAGU